CCAGUCCCUUGUUCACAACCAAUUCUGACCUGCCUCGCCUGAUCUAUGCCUCGCUAUGCUCAUACACAAUCGUCCAGAUAGAAGUGGUGAAUUUGACAAUGAGAACAUGGUAAGGUCUUUCAUUCCUUUGUUCAUCUUCUGUUUCCGGUUUCACAAUGUCGCUCAUCGUCCCAAAAUGCCACUUCCUACCUGCACCCGGAGUAAGUCCUCCCUUCUUGCCACAAUUGAUAACAACAGCGCCGUCCAAGUAUGUAUUGAGGCCGAUGUAAGCUCACAGCCAAGCCACUCCCACCACCGCCGUGCCGAUCCACCUCCCAGUAUUAAACACAAUGUCUACUUAUGGCACACAGGAUGGCUCCGUGACGGAUACAAUGUCAGAUGAUGAGCUGGACCUCUACAAAGGCGGGCUUCUCGCCGUCGAACUUCACGCCAAUGUCCUUCUGAAUCGGGCACACUUCCUCUUCUCUACUAGCCGUUGCGAUGUCGAACGAGCAGAGGACAUGUGUACACGGGGAAGAGCUGCUCUCGACGAGGCCGAAGAUCUGUGCAUGUCGCACAAGUAUCCUGUCAGCAGACUUCUACAGGCAAAGUGCUGGUUCGUCCGAGGUUUCCUCGCCGACCUGACGCGGGACCGUAGCAGUGCUUGGCAAUGUUUCCAAGAAGCCCUGAAACUCGACGAUGGCUACCGGAAUGUCAGAACCGUACAAAGGUAUCUCAACCGGCAUGCGGAUGAAGAAGAAAUGGCCGACAUGUGGAGCGACACAAAUUCAGACGCAGCCAACUCCUGGCCAAGCAGCAGAGCAGCAAAAAGCAUCUCGCCGCUCGUGCCGGCUGGCGCUAAUGGGACCCCUUUGUCUCGUUCCAGUCUCCACCGACUUGCUGAUGAAGACGAAAUGAACGACAUGUGGAGCGACUCCGGUUCGGAGGCAGCUUUCUCCAGCCCACGCAACAGAGCAGCAAAGCACACCCAGCCUGUCCAAGCUGAUGCUAGCAGGCCAUCCUCCUCAUCUUCAAUCGACUCCCGUCGAAACAGCGGUCUCUUCGCCAUACUGUUCAACCAACUCCAACAGACUGGCUCUACUACAGACUCAUCUCGCCCUUCGACUCCAGAGAGCAACUCGCGUUUCUCCGAGAAAGGCCUCGUCGAUCAAGUCAUCGACCAACUCAAGAAUGCCUCCUCCAGAAGGAGGCCAUCCGCAGAGAUGCACGAAGCUCCAGUCCAGACACCAGCGGAGUCGCCAUCAAAGCGCGAACGACUUACCUUGAAGGACUUUCAGCAGCGUGCAGACGCAGAGCACGAAGAACGUCUAUACCUCGAGCACCAACAUGUCAAUCUAGAGACAAAGCCAGAAGCAUCACCAGUCUCCCCAGGCAAAGCUUAUGCCCAAGAAGAAACUCUUCUUUCCGACACACCCAGUGUUGCGAAACUGCUGGACACGACAACUCGUCGUCCCGGCCUAGGCCUGUCAAUUAACGGAAAGCGACCUUCUUCAGCCCAUCUCAUUCUCAACACGCAACCUCUCAAACGUGUCUCAACGUCCCCGAUCAAGGAGCUACCUAAUUCUCCGACAACAUCGAGUCCGCUGAGGCAAGCGUUCUUUCCUGGCGAGGUUGGCGAUAGUGAAGACCGUAUCGACGCCAACACUUGAAUGGUUUCAGCAGCAGCACUGUCUGGGAGCCACAUCACCAGGAGAACGACCUACCAACUCAUCUAUCUACUAAUCAUACUCUCUUGGACUGGACCUCAUCCUUCGACCUGCAUCUAUAAGAUAAUCAUGAACAUGCCUGGCAGAUUUCGGCUGCGGGAAUUCGCCAGAACAUCAGUCUUCCCCCUCUUCUCCCCGGAUUACUGAUCGCAACUGUCACGUCAUCUCAGACGUGACAGAUGUUGCACGAGUGGUGAAUGGAGUCUUAAUCUACGAUAUAUGCACCAGACGGGCUUUUUGCUCAACCACAGUUUUGGACUGCACAUCAUCGUUCCCUACCAAGUGUUCGCCUCUCUGCAGGUCCUUGUAUCAAGUACAACUUGCUGGACCCGUACACCUCAUCAGCCAGGACAU